GUUUGAGUUGGAUUUUUGAUUUUGAUAACAGGAUAUCAGAAGAAAUCUCAUGGUUUGUUGUUGUUACGCGUGAUGAGAAUUUCUUGCGAAUAAUUCGAGUUUAAUUUGCGUAUUUUGCCAUUAAACCACCGUAUUUCUUAAUGAAUUGAUAAGUUUAUCAUUGGAGUUUCAUGCGUAGUUCUUUUUAAAAAUUGGACAAGACUGAAUCGAACUCGAAAUGGAAUCUGACCAUUCGCAAGAAUCCUUUCCUGAUUUCCGUUUCAUUCCACGGACUCUGCAGGAUAUAGCAGCAUCAAAAUACGCGUUCAUUAGUUUGUGUAAUCCCAGCGACCUUCUGCACAUCCUCCCAACGAGUAUUCGAUCGAUGAUCAAGGAUAAGAUCCGAUCAAUUAGUAUAGAGAUCAGAAUUUGGAACUUUGUCGUCGGCGAUAUAGUACCUCGUGAAGUGUUGAUCAACUGUGUAGCUUUCAACUCAGCUGGCGGUAUUUGCUCUCGAAGAACUGUGAAAAAUUUACUCACGUCGAAUUUGCAGAGAAUCGAUUUAGAGAAACAGUUCCAGAUCGCUUGUUCGUUAUGCAUUGAGGAAUGUAUUGAACAUUUGUGGCCGUCGGUCAAAGAUGAUGAGCGAUUCCGUAAAUGCCAUUUUACUUGUACGACUAACAUUUUUGACGAUGGGUUUCCACAUGUCGAUUUGAUGAAUUAUUGGUGUUCACGAAUGAGAGGCGAAUUGAAGAAAGUCUACGGACCGGAAGAAAAAUCGCCCGAAUGGUAUACGGUUUCCUACAUACUUUAUAAAGAAGCGUCUAAUGUAAGAAACUGGUCACUAAUCGAGUACUUUUGGAGUAACUUAAACAAUGAAGAAAAAAGUUCCCUCGUGGACGAAAUUUGGAUUAAAUCAUCAAAAUGUUUCCACGAAGACGAAUUAUUUCAUCAGCUGCAGCGAGAUCCUACAAAAAACUCAUCUCGUUUAAUAAUAAUGUACUCGAAUGAUUGUACCGUGGUGAGAAAUUUUGUGAGAUCAAAUUGGUUUCUAUUCAUUGCACAUUUUGCCGUAGACGACGUCUAUUGCCAAUAUGCUUUACAGCUUUGGAACUACGGAAAGAGUUCAAUCGUUGAUGGUGCCACAUUCUCGUACGAAAUUUUAUUUCCUUUAUCGAAAGUGGCAUACCAGUACGAACAUUCGAGGUAUGCAGCGGUAUUGCUCAAAGAAAUAUGGCUUUCUGCUCCGGAUCAUUUGAAGAAUCACGUUACUUUGAAAUCUAAUAAGUCUUAUGAGGAGUAAGAUGACGAUCACGUUGAGAUCUUGUUCGCAGCAUGUUUAUAUAAUGCAUAUUUUCCCUCUUUUGGUCGCGAUUUUGGUUUUUUGAUCCAAGUACUAAAAGGUGCUGACUAUAAAAUCAGACAAGAAAUGUGGCGCAGAUGGUGGCUUAAAUUGACUCUUCUUGCCAAAGUCUCAGAUCUACGUGAAUUAAUGUCGUUGUGUUUUGGGAAUGUAAACGAUGUUGUCGAGUUUAAAAGAACCUCAAUGUUGGAUUACGAAUUAAUGCAACAUCAUUUCGAAGAUUUUGUGCAUGCGGAAUUGUUCGAAGAGCUAACCGAAUACUUGAUGUUUUGUUGUUCGGAUGCUGACGAUGAAAAACGAGCACGUAUUGUAAGAACAAGAAUAAUUAUUCGAAACAUGGGCUGGAUCAUUGAGCACAAGUCUGAUCUCACCAUUAGUAAAUUUUUUCAAUUUUUCGAUGGAUGUUUUACGAUAGAAGAAGCAGCCGAAUUGCUAGAAUGUCACAUACCAGAUAAAGAGAGCUGGCUCUUAUCCUUUUUUAUUUCAUUGAGCAGUUUUCAAGCUUUUGAAAGAUUACUGCGUUGUUUGAAGUUUUCUGAUCAACGUUUGAUGGAAUUGAAGCGAUUUUUCCGCGAAAGAUGUCGGCAUAUUUUGACGUUCGGUAAUUUUAAUUCAUUAUCCGUGGACGAUUGGGAUAAUUUUCUGAAAUGGUGUGACUUCAGCUCAAAAGAAGUAUAUGAGUUGAGAUGUAGCAUUCGGAUAAAUAAACUGUUCGAAAAUUUUCUCAUCAACAUGCACAAGUUUUGGAUGGCAUGGCGGAAGUGUCGCGAUUCUUUUGUCGCUGUGUGUUUUGAAGAUAUUGGAUUUAAAUCGAUCGAUGGAUUUUUAUGUUGGUAUUUCGGGAGUGAACAAGCUGCGCAGGAGUACAAAUUGCGUAAAAGGAAUGAUCACGAGAAUAGCGAGGCGAUUAAAUUGUUUUUGAAAGGAGAUGAGACGAUUCGUGUAUUUUUUGAUAGUUGGUUUAGACAAUAAAUUCUAAUUCGUGAGCUGUCUCGUUUGCUAAUUAUUUUGAUGUGCGGAACGGAUAUAUUUAAAAAAUGAUGUGAAAGUAAGAUAGGUACUACAAUUUGUUUGUCAUUGAGAUAGGUAUCCGAUUUAAUAAGAUAUUGUUCAUUUUUGGAUCAUUUUUUAGUAGAAUUUUCUUUGUGUUUUCUUGAAACAAUAGAGAAUUUUUUUAAAGAAAUAAAUUCGAUCAAUUUCUCAGUAAUUUUUUAAGCAUAUUGUUUCUUGUUUUUUUUAAAAAAAAUUUUCAAUACAAAAAAAUCUGCAACGUUUGAAAUAAUUUUUUUAAUUUUACGCAAUUUGAAUCGAUUUAUUUGUAUGAUUGUAUUUUUAUUUUGUUUAUCAUUUCGUAGGCUGCCUACAUUUGUUGUAAUAGAUAGGUUGAGCAUAUUUUGAAUUUAUUAUCGUGAUUUAUUGCAUUUCAGGGCAAAUAUUGUUUUUAA